AUGGGAAAGAAGCAAACAAGAAAGACUAACAACAACAAAAGAAGUGAUGAUGCCAAGAAACCCUCCUCAGAAAACCCAAAUCGUUCUAUAACAAGACGAGCAAAAAGCAAGGCUAUUCCUCCACUUCUAGAAGAUUUGAUCUUAGAGAUAUUUUCAAGACUCCCCGUGAAGUCCCUUUUCAGAUUCCGAUCCGUCUGCAAAAGAUGGCUCACCAUUAUCGACAGCCCUUCCUUGGUGGACCUGCACUUGAGCCAAUCUCAAACUCGGCCCUGUGGACCCCAAAUCCUUGUGUCUUUCUCGGGUCCUGACUCGAAGCAUUACUUCUAUUCUGCAAGUCUUGAAGGAGGGCCAGCGGUCCGCCUUCUGUCCCUGCCCGGCUGCGAGAGAUAUGUUUCAGAAUCCCUUAAUGGAUUAGUAUGUUUCUACAAUGGCAGGUAUGUCUAUGUCAUUAACCCUAGCACUCGGGAAUUCAGACUCCUACCGGCAAGUCAUUCUAAUUAUGAGAAUUUUAAAUUUGACAAUUUACGCUCUGGAGUUGAGUUUUAUUCUAUUUAUUCUUUCGGAUUUGAUCCUUCAACCAAUGAGUACAAAGUGUUACACAUAAUGUCUAUGCGUCAUGGGUUCACCAGGAGGUUAUUUGACAUGCAAUGUGAAGUGUUCACAAUAAAGGUUGGUUCAAAGAAAGAUAAAGAAGUGUUCACAAUAAAGGCUGGUUCAAAGAAGCAUAAAGAAGUGUUCACCUCUCAUGCUAAUAAUAAGUCAUGGAGAAAAAUCACCCACGUCCCACCAUGUCCUUAUAUUUUCGAAGGACAAGGUGUUUGUGUUGAUGGCGCGAUAUAUUGGAUUUGCGGGAAGGCUCCAAGUGAAGAAGUUCUGGUGGUUUUCGAUGUUGGUAGUGAAAAGUUCCGAUCGUUGCCACUUCCUGAUGGUAUCUCUCCGUCUAUCAGGUAUAAAUUGAAUAAAAUUGGAGGGCGUUUGACUUUAUUGAAAGAUAGAGAUUGUGAUUGCAUUGCCAUGGAAAUAUGGGUAUUAGAGGAUUGUCACAAGUGGGUUCAAAAGACUGUUGUGGCUCCACGAAAGUAUGAAAUACUUUUCACCAUCUUGUCUCCUAUGACUGUAUACAAGGGUGAGACGCUGCACUUUUCAAAAACAGAACCUUAUCAAUAUAUUUCUUGGGAUCACAGGAAUAAAGCUUCUAGGCCUAUUAGAAUUGGUGAGGCACUUAACUAUGGUGGUGUCAAUGUUAGUAUCACAAAUUAUGUUGAUUGCUUCAUUUGUUUAUCUUGA